AUGUCUUUAAUACAAUCGGAUCAACUAAUAACGGUGACACCAGAUAAAACCUCAGAUAUUACUAGUCUUAAGGAGCGUCAUUAAAUGACAAAGAUGUUUUAGUCUAAUAAGAUAAAAUUCACAGGAAUCGCUGAAAUUCCUAUAGAGGGGUUUGGUGACCUAAUGAGCAAGUAUUAAAAUGAUAGAAAGGAUGUAAAUAAAAAUUACUAAGACAAUUAUGAUUAGUUGUUUAAAAAGCAAAUUUAGAAUCUAGAGAAAAAGUAAAUUGAGUUGCUUAAGCAAAAUAAAUUCUACAACACUUUUAUUGAGGAAAAAAUGGAGACAAUCGAAGAAGAGUUGAUAAAAUAAGCUGAAAAAUAACUAGGAGAGCAAGCAUUUAGAGAUGUGACUGAGCUCAAGAAUAAAACGAACAUAUUUGAUACCAGAAAGGCUUAGCUUGAUAUUUUAAGAGGAUAGUUUUAUCUUAGAAUGAAUAAAAAUCUUCCAUUUACAGAUGAUAUCCAAAAGACAAUUAAUGAUCUCAAAAAAUACAACAAUAAUGGUGAGAAAAUCAAAGACCCAUAAGGGGAUCAAGCAUAAAAAGAAAGUAUGUUAAAGAGUAUUGCUGUCAAGGAUGAAAAGUAUUUGAAGACAGGAAAGAAUUUACCUGUUAAGGGCACGGUUAGUAAAUCAAUGGAGAUGAGGUAAGGUGUUGGUGUAGAUCCAUUAGUUCAAAGCUAAGCCAUGAUAAGUAAUAUGAUCAAGAAAUAAUAUGAUUAGAUUCAUAGUAAGAUCUUUAAGGACAGAAACAAAGUCUAUGUUGAUGAGUAAAUGAAUCAAGUCAUUUACCCUAAAUAGUAAUUAUUAUAACUAGCCUUGAAAAAAGUAAAAGUAGAUUAAGUCAAAUAGUUGCAAUAAAGAAUUGAACAUGCCAAAAAAUCUAAAUAGUUGACAAGCAUUGUAAAUACUCUAGGUUAAACUUUUAAUAUUGGUAGCAAAGAAAGUUUUGAAAUAAACAAACCUAGAGAUCUAACAAAUUUUAUGAACAGUCCUCCGAAAUCAUUAGAUAGUCCAUUAUAAUAAGAGUAGAGAGCCUAAACCUAGGUUGGCAUUAAUAGAGUAAGAAACUAUCGAAAUAGAAGGAACUUAAAUACCACUGAUAUUUUUCGAGCAACAACAGCGAUUGGAAAUGGAAUUGACAGUAAUAAUAUAGUAAAUAGAUCAAUAGAUUCAAAAGUAUUUGAAGAAAAACUUAGACUGAAUACAGCAAUAUAAAAGUAUAAUAAUCUGAAGAGAGUAUAAUCCCCAUUUAAAACAAUAUCCGAUGUAAGGAAUGCAAAACAAGAUAACUUUAGUCUUACUAGAAUCUCUAUGUCUUUCUAGCAGGAAUAGCCGUCAGAAAACAGCAAAGAAAUUUAGGUGAAAAAAGCAAUUUUUAUCUAAGAUGUGGAAACAAAGUAAUAGCUUGAAAACAUACUGAAAACGUGCCAAUAAGAGAAUAAGUCAACUUUUGACGAUAUGAUGGACAUAGAUAACACAGUAAAGCAAUAUCAUGAGCAAGACAAUAGAUUUUACACUGUUUCAAAUACUCUUAAAGAGCUGGAGAAUGUAGAUAUUUCUGUACUUCAAUAGAUUUAUGACUGGAAGAUAAAUGAAAGAGAGGACGAGUAGAUCGAAGAGAAAAAAAUUAUCAAGGAAUUUAAAAUGAACUAUCUAGAUCCCACAUAGUACAUUGUUAAGCUAAAAUAAAAUAAGGCUUGGAAAAAUGCUGCAAAACAAAAGAAAGCAAUGAGUGUAAAGUAAAAAUGA